AUGUCGACCUUCAACGAGCCUGCCGACCCAAUCGCUCAGGGCGUCUUGCCGACUGCAAAGCAGUCCUGGUCCGAUCUUUUCAAAUGGAAGCAGAGAGUAGUUGUCUAUAACGAAAGUGGCGAGACCACAACAGAAUGGCAGACUCCUCCGAAGCUCAAGAACCCUUUCAGCUUGAUGGCUCAACUCACCGCCAUGAAUUGGGUUUUCUUUAUUGUCGGUCUUGCUGCUUGGACUGCCGACGCCUUCGACUUCCACGCUUUGUCCAUCCAGACCGUCAAGCUGUCAAAGUACUAUGGCGUCACCAAGACUGAUAUCUCGGAAGCCAUUACUCUUACACUUUUGUUGCGAUCUGUUGGAGCUGCGGCGUUUGGCUUUGCUGGUGACAAGUGGGGUCGCAAGUGGCCCAUGGUUGCCAACAUGAUCAUUCUUGGUCUUUUGCAGAUUGCCACUAUCUACUCCACCACCUUCAAUCAGUUCUUGGCUGUUCGCAGUCUGUUCGGUCUCUUCAUGGGCGGAGUCUACGGCAAUGCUGUCGCGAUGGCCCUUGAGAACUGUCCCACAGAGGCUCGUGGUCUCAUGUCGGGUAUCCUCCAGCAGGGUUACUCCAUGGGCUACGUCUUUGCCGCUUGCGCCAAUCUCGGAGUUGGAGGUGCUGUUGAGACUUGGAAGACCGUCUUCUGGAUCGCAGCCGGACUUUCCAUCGGUGUUGGCCUCAUUCGCUGUUUGUUCCCUGAGUCUAAGCAAUUCCUCGAGAACAAGAAGAACAAGGAAGCCACAGCGCCCGGUGCUUUCUGGCAAGAGACCAAACUUAUGCUUGCUCAGCAGUGGAAGAUGUGCAUCUACUGUAUCAUCCUCAUGACCUGGUUCAACUACUACAGUCACACUUCUCAGGACAGCUAUACCACUUUCAUGCUCACGCAAAAGGGCCUUAAUAACGAUGGUGCAAGUCGUGCUUCUAUUCUAAUGAAGACUGGCGCUUGUGUCGGUGGAACAAUCAUCGGCUACCUCUCCCAAUUUGUUGGUCGCCGUCGUGCUAUCGUCGUCGCUGCUCUCAUCUCCGCCUGUCUCAUUCCAGCUUGGAUUCUCCCCACCGGUGAAGGAUCGCUUUCUGCUUCAGGUUUCAUGAUGCAGUUUUUUGUUCAGGGCGCUUGGGGAGUCAUUCCUAUUCACCUUAACGAGCUGGCACCACCUGCAUACCGCUCAACCUUCCCUGGUCUGACAUACCAACUCGGAAACAUGAUCUCAUCACCAUCAGCACAAAUCGUCAACGCCAUUGCCGAGUCUAACUUUGUCACUGGUGCAAAGGGAAAGAGGGUUGAAGCUUAUGGACCUGUCAUGGGUAUUGCAACGGCCAUUAUCGCCCUUGGUAUUGCCAUUACUACCGCAUUUGGUCCUGAGAAGAGAGGUCGUUCUUUCGAAAUCCCAGCUUCGGUCGACAUGACGCAGACCAAGGAUAUCGAAGAGGGUCGCGACAGUAUGGACAAGCAUCCCGUUAACGAGGAGCGUAUCGAGAGGACAGAGACCAGAUAA